UUAUUUCCGCAGUCGUCGUGCAGCCUGAGUCGAUACAUAGGCCUACAGCACGUUACGUGUUCUCACAUCCUCCUCCCCAUCCUCACGCCCCGCCUUUUCACUGUGAGGAAUUAGUUUUUUCAGCCAUUCAUUUAUAUUUUUCCGUCACAUGGGCUCUUUGGGUGCAAUGUGAGCUGUCGACGCUGGCUGCGUCUCGUUUGAAAAUGAUGGGAAUUUAAAAGAGGGACCAGAGCAAAUCGGAACUCCGCAUCUUUCUGUCUGCAUCUCCUCCGCUGUUGGGAGGCUUCAGAGGAGGAUCAUGCAACACCUUAAGCCAUGGCGAGCUCUGCUCCUUUUGACCGUGCUGUGCCAUCCAGGGAUCUCAGAUAAAUACGGCUGCCUGUUUGAGAGGAAACUGUGCACAAGGGAUCAGUUCUGCUUAGAUGAUGGGCUGUUUGGUCAGUGCCGUAGCUCUAAGCAGGACCUGGUCCAGUACCAGGUGUCCGUUCCCGUUCUGAAGAGGAUGCAGGAAGUCCUCAAACAGCUCAUGCUACAAGGUCUUUCCUGGCAAGAUGACAUCACCCAAUACAUUUUAUCAAAGGAGCUGAAGAGAGUUCCUCACACCACUCAACCUUCUAAGCCAAACUCUUCCUCCUCUUCUCAUUCGUCUCCGUCCAAACAGAACAUCCCCCACCACCACAGCUCUAAGUCGGGGUCCGCACCUCCUGGUGGCAACUAUGUGGACUACAUGAUUUUGGAGCCUCCUCAGUCCCCGCUACGCAUGCAGACAGCCUCCAUGGAUCCAUACACAUACCACCAGCAUAGAUAUCAAGAUGAAGUAGAGAGAUCACUCAUUGGUGCAGGAGGUGGUUAUGCCCGCCCCUCCUCAAGGUCCCAAGCCAAUCAGAGAGAGCGAGAGCGUGACAGGCAGCUGCUACAGGAAGCCUUGUCUCUGUACCUUGCAUCUGCACAACCCUCUUAUCGCCACAGAGGAGCUGCGUCAAUGGCUCCUGCAGGUCUGCCUUAUUAUGAGGACCUGGAGCUGGAGAUACCAGUGGACUAUGUGGAAGACUACACGCUAGAGGAGAGACUUGGCACUGCUGGCAGACAACAAUCGCCACAGAAUAAAAAAGUUGUUCAGGACAUCAGCACUCUGUCUGGAAACAACGAUGGCCUGCUGCAGAGGAUGUCAGGAGUCUUGCAGAGGUAUGGAGUUGACCCCAGAGAGCUCAGUCAAGAGCAACUCUAUAAGCUAGCCCUCAUUCUGCAGCUGAUGCAGCCCCAAGACAAAACAGAUCCAAUUGCAAAAGACCUCAUCACCCUCAAGGAGACGCAGCUAUUAAAAACAGACAGUGUGUCCCACAAACCAGAGAAGCCUGCCCCUGUUCCCGGUCCCCCUGACGUCCCUGCUGCCCCCUCGUCUGCCUCAGCCCAAGCUACACCUCCAGCCAACAGCGCCCCCCCUUCUGCCUCCCAGCCUCCGCAGGCAGCUCCUGCUGCAGCUGGACAAGGCUUGAAGGAGACGGGACCGCCACUGGUUGAGGGCACAGGAGCGAAGGAGGAGUAUGGGUACAUUGUCACCAACCAGAGUCCUCUGAGUUUGUAUGAUGGAGUGAAGCUGUUGGAGCUACUGGCUGACAAGAUUCAUCUGACAACCAGCAGCUUCAUCAACAUCAGUGUGGUGGGCCCUGCGCUGACAUUCCGUAUCCGCCAGAAUGAACACAACAUGACGGCUGCAGAGGUGGCUGCUAAAGCUGUAUCUGAGAAAAACUUCCUGGAGUCUGAGACAGGCCUGAAGAUUGUGCAGACUGGUGUGGGAGAGAGGACAGAUGCACGGGGUCUCCCUCAGGUAUCCAGGGUUUCCCAGGGCUCCAGUGGCACAGUCAUCACCCUUGUUUCCAUGGCAGUCGUAGGAGGCGUGCUGGUAUUGGCCAUGGCUGUAGCUUGUCUCAGGCACUACGCUCAGCAAGUGGCCAAUGGCAAGCUUGGACUGGGGCCAGAGGGAGGAGCAGAGACACACUUUGACUACCAGGAGCUGUGUCGGCAGCACAUGGCAUCCAAAUCCUCCCUAUGCCGUCAGGACUGUGUGGGUGGGGUGAGCACCGGCAUGGCGGGUUCCGCCAUUGGCACAGGUGCUGGCGGUCGAAGGGGUACAGACACGUCCCGCGUCAGCAGCGUUUCUUCCCAGUUCAGCGACGGUCCCCAGCACAGCCCGUCCUCCACCCACAGCUCCACCCCAUCCUGGAGCGAAGAGCCAGCCCAGUCUAACAUGGACAUCUCUACUGGUCACAUGAUACUGGCGUAUAUGGAGGAUCACCUGCGUAAUAAAGAUCGCCUUCAGAGGGAGUGGGAGGCUUUGUGCUCCUACCAGGCUGAACCCAGUUCAGUGGCUGUGGCUCAACUCCCAAGCAACAUGGACAAAAACAGACACGCUGAAUCCCUCCCCUAUGAUCACUCUCGGGUGAAGCUGAAGACUGAAGUAAACCCCAAUAAACAGGACUACGUCAAUGCCAGCGUAAUUUUCGAUCACGACCCUCGCCAGCCAUCUUAUAUUGCCACACAGGGACCACUGGCUCACACUGUUGCUGAUUUCUGGCAGAUGGUGUGGGAGAACGGCUGCACGGUGAUAGUGAUGAUGACAGCUCUGGUGGAGGACGGAGAGAAACAGUGCGAGCGAUACUGGCCUGAUGAGGGCUCAUCGCUCUACCACAUUUAUGAGGUGAACCUGGUGUCAGAGCACAUCUGGUGUAAGGACUUCCUGGUGCGCAGCUUCUACCUGAAAAAUGUGCAGACGCAGGAGACCAGAACCUUGACGCAGUUUCACCUGCUGAGCUGGCCGGCUGACGGCAUCCCCACCUCCACACGACCGCUGCUCGACUUCCGCAGGAAGGUGAAUAAAUGCUACAGAGGUCGUUCCUGCCCAAUCAUCGUUCACUGCGGUGAUGGCACUGGCAGGACUGGCACUUACAUCCUCAUUGACAUGGUGCUGAACCGCAUGGCCAAGGGAGUGAAGGAGAUCGACAUCGCAGCCGCACUGGAGCACAUCAGAGACCAGAGGCCUGGCUUGGUCCGCACCAAGGACCAGUUUGAGUUUGCGUUGACAGCAGUAGCAGAGGAGGUGAAUGCCAUCUUGAAAGCCCUGCCACAGUGAUCUGAGGACGCAGUGAGGACAUCUGCAGGCACACUGAAAGAAAUACUCGUGAGGACACCCACAUACCAUCCAGUCAUGUAUGUCUGGCCAUCACUGUAGAUAAGAAUUUGCUCUACCACACUUGGAGCAGUAACUGCUCGUUUUCAGCAUGCAGUAUUUUACCUUCUCGUCAUUGUCUGGGUUUUUGACAUUUCUGGAACAUAAUUAAAUGAUUUAUGACAGGAUGUUAAUAUGGACAAAAGAUCUUUUUUUCACAAAUAUGGCAUAAAUUUGGUCUUUUCUGUCUCAACUUUCUAUCUAAUUAGACAACAGUGAGGCCAUUACAAAAAGUAAAGACUAAAGACUAAAAGACUAAAGAAUAUACUGUGCCCUAGCCACAUUAACUUUUGCCUGAGUCUGACAGGAGAGACUACACUUCUGUCAAUGGUUGUAAUGACAUAAUGUCCUUACAAUAAUAUAUUACAUCUUUGCCUCAUUUGCCCUUUCACUGGACCUGAUGACAUGAAUACCUCAAUUGAUCAAUCAAUAUCACAAGAUAAUUAACCACCAACAAUUUUGUUAAACAUUACAAUUGUCUUGGACCAAUGUUAAAAUAUUGUUAAGUCGCUUCACAAACUUAUCCAAUUUGUAAGACAUCCAUCUGGCUGAGACACAGUAAGGUUUCAAUGUAUUUUUUAACUCUCAGAAUGUGUUGUUUCAUUUCCACCAGAAUACUGUAUGCUACUGUCUAGUGUGUGUUGGUUUCCAGCAGAUUUUUAUUUGUGAGGCUCGUCUUUGCCUUGACAUCAUGAUUGUUGGCUUUAAGCACCGGUCUUUUUGUUACGGAUGCUGUGUGUUGACCACCAAGUACACCUCGCCUUCCCUCGCUCUUUCCGCACACAAAGUGACAUUGUUUGGGUCCUUUUAUCGUCUUACUCAGCGUAUGACCCUGUGAUUAAUGUAAAUAAUUCAUCCCAAUGAUUGUGUUUACUUCAUGUAGCAGACAGAUAGAAAAUAUCUAUAAAAAUGUAUUUUUGACUUGACCUGAAUAAAUUUGUGACGUGAUGCAGCAAAAAAACUAAAAAAAAAA